AUGGAUAUUGAAAACAAUAUAGAGCAGCAGGACUCUCCACGCCACAGGAAAGCGCUCGCUGUAGCUGCUGUUCUUUCGACUUUUGCGCUCUUUCUAGAACAGGAUAAACAAGAUGCCGGUCGAAAUCACGAGCUCUCACAUUUUGAGGCAACUAUUUUUGGCUGGUUACAUUUCAUUGGCGCUUUUGCCUUCAGCUUUUCUUUGGGCUGGAAACUAGGAGCAGGUCGUUUGGUGACGCUAGGAUUCGUCAUAAUGACGGCCUGGUGUGUUGUAAAGAAGAUAUCUGAGAAUCUAGAUUCCAAGGGAUUGCAGAUUUUAGCCUACAUCACCAACAGCUUCUGGAUAUGCAUUCCUUUGGGAAUGAUGGGUGUUACAGUUUUGCACUUCAAGAACCUUAGAAGAGAGUUUUUAUGGAUUUUUGGGGUCAUAACGUGCUUUAUCAUCUUCUCACUGGGAGGUGUGAUCGCCGUGAUUGGUAAACAGAAUUGGCUUCUUUACGUAAUGAUACCUUACUGCUUGGUGAUGAUCCCUGUUCUGUACCUUUUUGUUCCAAGCCCUCUUCCUUUGGAAACUGGUGUGAAGUUUUCAGAUCUUUUACCCCAAUUGGCUGGCCUGGUGGGGCACGUUUUGGCGUGUUUUAUAUGGCUACAUAACAGAACUACGCCUGAAUCGUUGGCGAAAAGGGCAUUAUUUUUAAUUGCAUGUCUCAUUUUCGAAAUUUUUAGUUUAGGAUUAAUGGUUCACGGUCCGCAUGAAGAAUUGAAAGAAUACCAGCGCCAUGUUGAAUUUUGA